AUGCCGAUUUUCCAACUUUGGAAGAGGCGGAGCCAUCGUGAUCCAGCGCGCCAGCCGCUGUUAAGUCCCAGGGAGAGAGUGAAUCCAGAGGGAGACCAAUCGGCGACUCAUGAAGCAGCUUUUGUGACGACGCCCUUGCCUCGCCGACAAUUGGUGGUGCUAUGUCUGAUGCGAGUUACUGAGCCCAUCUCUCAAAGCUUGAUCCAGCCCUUCAUCAACCAAAUGCUCGAGGAUUUGGAAGUCACUCCUGAUAGAACUAAGAUCGGGUUUUAUGCCGGCUUGAUUACCAGUUUAUUUGCCUUUUCUCAGCUAUGUACCACCUUCUGGUGGGGAAUGUUAUCGGACCGCAUUGGCAGAAAGCCCAUAUUACUUUCCGGGUUGAUUGGUCUAUCAAUCAGCAUUACCAGCUUUGGCGUUCAAACCAGUUUUACUGGCUUAGUUGUAGCAAGAUGUUUUGCUGGGAUAAUGAACGGAAACGUGGGUAUUGUAAAAAGCGUCUUGGCAGAAAUAACAGAUGAGACCAACAAAGCUCGGGCAUUCUCGCUGUUACCGAUGUCCAACGCCAUUGGUAUGAUCUUGGGACCCAUGAUUGGUGGAUACUUAGCCCAGCCAACAAAACAAUAUCCUGAGGUUUUCGGAAAUAUUGAAUUCCUUAACCACUAUCCUUACUUUCUACCAUGUUUCAUCGCUGGUAUAACCAAUCUCCUAGCCGUGGUCCUUGGUUUUUUUUACUUGGAAGAAACACUCCCAUCCAAGAAAGCGCACCAGAAAAGUGCACUCAGCGACAACAACGAUGCUGACGAAGUCUUCGAAGCGCUAGGGGAAGAUGAAAAUGUGACCCAAACCAAACCUAAAUUUUCAGCGUUGUUCACACCGACCGUUGUUAGUGUCUUGCUCGGCUCGAUGUUGGUAUUCUUCCAAACUUCCUCGUGGAAUACCUUAAUUCCGAUAUUUGCUUACACUCGGUAUGAGGAUGGGGGACUUGGUCUCAAUUUUAAUCAGAUCGGCACAGCCCUUACCACUAAUGGAUUCGCAUCGGUAAUUGUUCAAACGGCUGCAUUUCCUUAUUUCCAAAAAAAGUGGGGAACAGUGAGAGUCUUUCGCAAAGUUUUGGCGGUGUGGCCAGUGGCUUUUGCGCUCUUGCCAGUGAUUCGUUGGCUGGAACGACAGCAGAGGGAACAUUAUGGGGAGGAUGUCGGUUCCAGGGCUGCUGUGGUAGGUUUGAUAUGUGUCUUAGCUCUCAAGAGUGUUGGUGGAAUGUCAAUGGUGUGCAUUGCUUUGUUGAUCAACUCUGCCGCGCCAUCUCCUUCUACUCUCGGUGCCUUAUAUGGUUUGGCGCAAACCUGCUCGGCAUUUUCAAGGACCUUCGCACCGGUGAUCAAUGGAGCCAUAUUUUCUAUCAGUAUCAAUCGGAAAUACUUGGGGGGGAACUUAGUUUGGGUUUGGGGGGUAUUGUUGUCUUGUUUGACUUAUUCCUUUUCCCAAACCAUCAAGAUUGAAUCCUCUGUAUCUGUGACAAGAAGCUCAACAAGCUCCGUAGGAAAUCGUUGA